AUGUCUCUGCUCAAUGAGACCUCCCGGACCACUGAGACCGUGGGGCCGUCCGUUAAGUCGCUCCUGUACGGCUUCCCCGACUUUUCUAGCACCACCGAGAUGAAUCUGAGCCUGGUCCUGAGCCACGGGGAAGGUCUCAACGCCGAGGAGCCCUUCAGGCUGAGGGGGCUGUUCAUCUUCGCCUACUUCUCCAUCCUCUUACUCUCAGUCUUUGGAAACUCUGUGGUCGGUAGCGUUAUCUUGCAGUAUAAGAGGGUCCACUCAGUCACCGGGCUCUUCAUCAUCAACCUCACUGGCGCCAACAUGCUUCUCACCUUGUUGAACACAUCUUUCGCUUUGGUAACUUUCAUCGAUGCCAUUUGGGUCUUUGGAUACAUGAUGUGUCACCUGAAUCGCUUUGUCCAAUUCUGCUACGUCUACGUUUCUGUGCUCACCUUUGUAGCGCUCGCUGUGGAUCGUUACGAGGUAACCAUGAGACCUCUGAAGCCGCUGAUGACCACUAGGAAGGUGGGGAUCUACAUCAUCAUUAUCUGGACCCUGGCCAGCUUCUUUUCCCUACUACAUGCUAUCUACCAGAAAUUCCCUGAAAUCGAGCCUAUGAAUAAGAACAACAAGAUGGUCUGCUUCCCGAGGUUCCCCAUCCCAAUCAAUGCUAUCAGGAAGUACCUGGACUUGAUUACCUUCGUUUUCCUGUUCUUUCUGCCCCUGGUGGUGAUUUUGGUCGCCUUCUCACUCAUGGCCAAGAAGCUGUGGGCGCACAAUUCCAUCAGCAAUAUAUCGGAUAACACCCUCAACUACCUACAGAAGAAGAAGAUGACCCUGAAGAUGCUGGUGACGGUUGUGGUGGUCUUUGCCAUCUGCUGGUUCCCCCUCUUUUUCUAUGAGGUGUUCCUGUCCAGUGGUGUCAUUUACAGCCACCAGGUUGUAUACUUUGCUUCCCAUUGUUUUGCCAUGAGUAGCACGUGCUACAACCCCAUUAUCUACUAUUGGCUCAACCAAAGUUUCCGCAAUGAGCUUAACAUGUCUCUGCAUUCUUGGUGGCAGAUGAUCCUGAGCCCCACACAGGCCCCUCCCGAAUCUACCUUUCAUAAUACCUUGACUGAAGUUUGCCCUUUCUGGGAUAGGGAUUUGGAGUUAGACCAGCCCAAUGAGGACCCCAGCCAGUAUGAAGAGACAGACCUAUCUGCUAUUCAUCCCAUCAUAGAAAUAACUUGAGGUGCUGGGGCUCCGAUGGCCAAGCUAUCCAGCCAGAACAGCUGAGGUUGGGGCCAAAGUGGGUUAACUGUACCCACUCUUGGUUUGGGUCACAUAGCUUAGGUCAUCCUGUGUGGGGAGGGGCGUGUUUGUGGUACUAUUUCUGCCCCUCCCCCUCUUUCAUGAUUUAUUCUCUUUCCCUAUUCCUUAUGGGCCAUCAGAAUAUCACCAAGCCCACUGGGAUAGUUUAUUUGCUCUUCACUCAUAGCUCUUCACUUUGUCUUCUGAUGUCUUUUUCUCAUAGUUGAUUAUUCAGGUCUCAGUUUACUCACCAUGUAGCCAUAGCUCCACCAGUGCUUGAAGAUUCUCCUUUGUGGUUGU